GCACAAGCAAAACUGCAAAAGAACUUUCUUCUUCUCUAAUCGUCACGCAAUUCCCUCGCGUUUCUUUCUUUCCUGGACUGGUUGCUGACCGGAGAUCAGCGUGUGAUUUCCCGUACUUCUUUGAUUCCCCUCCAAUGGCGCCAUCGACGUCAAUUGCAUCCGACCUACCCGAUUCCGAUUCUGAUGACGGCGUCUCCCGCGCGGAAGAAGAAGAAGAGGAAGAGGAGGAAGUAGAAGAAGAAGUAGAGGAAGAAGCGGAGGAAGAGGCGAGUGGUGCUGAAGAAUGCGGAAGCGAUCCCGGAGAAGAAGAAGAGUAUGAGGAGAUAGAAGAGGAAGUAGAGGAGGAAGAAGCGGUAGAAGAGAUAGAAGAGGAAGAAGAAGUCGGAGAAGAAGAGGAGGGGGAAGAAGAAGAAGAAGAAGAGGUAGAAGAAGUGGCAGAGGAGGAGGAAGAAGAAGAUGUGGUAGAAGGAGUUUCGGAAUGCGAAGAACAAGUUGCGGGAGGCGAAGAUAUAGAGGUUGCGGAAGGCGAAGAUCAAGAGGUGGUAGAAGGAGUUGCAGAAGGCGAAGUGCAAGUUGUGCAAGGCGAAGAACAAGAGGAAGUAGAUAUGGAUUUAGAUUCCUCUGUGGAAGCCAUUGAUGAAGUGCAAGCUUUCAGUCAAGAUAUGAAGGCCAAAGAGAUUGAAUCACAACUGAAACCUCAGGGUUCUGCAAAUGUGGCCCCAUCUCCUUGCCAUGUCGAAGAUACUGCGAGUCAUUUCACAUUUUCUGGUUGUUCACAUGCACCGCUGGCAAUGCAAGGUGACAAUUUGGGCAUGAACAAUGGGCAUUCUAAGAAUAUCGAAGAUGAAAAGGGUUCAAAUGCUUCUGGUGAUAGGAACGAGGUAUGUAAGGAUGAAGUCAUGGAAACUAAGCCUUCUGAGGAAUCAAGUAUUAGAGGUUUGCCGAAUUUUCUAGGGGCGAAGGAUGAUGUUGAUGUGAUUGCAGAACAAGUAAAGCAUACCCCAUUGCCGUCAGACAAUGGGAUCCAACAGCCAGUUUUGAGUAACAUCAGUCUUUCCAGAUCCAGGAAUCUAAGUGUAUCACCAUCUCCAGAGUUGAACAAUGUGAACAAACGCCAAGCAAUCAUAUGUGACUUCUUCGCCAAAGGGUGGUGCAUAAAAGGGAGCUCAUGUAGAUUUCUUCAUGUAAAGAACAAAACUAGUAGUUCUGGCGAAAAACAGGCCGAAGGAGAUGCAGCUGUGGCAAGUUCCAGUGGAGACCGGAUUAAUGAAGGAUCCACAAACAUUAGGCCAAGGUUGCAUGAUCUCAAAGAACCAGCAUAUUGUUUAACCGGAAAAGAUGCCAUCACUUCGCGUUUUUCUUUCGAUAGCCAAAUGGCUGCCCAGAUGGGAGGAAAACUGAUAUCCUCCUCAUCUAUCCUGUUAGAGGAUAUACCUGGCGGCAUCACCCUCAAUUCCCGUCAGUUCCCUGCAUCAAAAGAUGCUCCUGUGUUUUCUGCUGCCAUUAAGGAUGUUGGAGCAGGAAAUCUGACAGGAGGCUGGCCUCCUAAUGACCAUCGAAGCCAUGCAUUCCCACUUAAUGGAGGAAGUUCCUUUUUGCUUAAUGAUUCCUUGCUAAAUAGAUGCACUUCAAGUGGCUCAGCUGCGAAGUCAAGAACCUACCACAGCAAGAAUUCAGGUUUCUUAGUGAACAAUUUAGACAAUUCGACACGUAAAAGGAGUGUCUGCAUGGACGAUGAUUGUGUUGGCACUACUCCUCCCAGUAGUGAACAUAAACUAAAGGUUUCAUGUGAUGACUGGGAACCAUCUGUGCCUUUCCAGCCAUCUUUCAUCAUAAUGCCUGUUGUGUCAUCGCCAGGAAGGCAAUAUGAUCCCUUACGUGAUAGCAAUGUAGUGCAUAGUGGGGUAGACAAAUCCUUCAAAUUCUCUUUUAUUAGCAACAGGAUCUCUUCCCAGAAAGCUUCACGUCAACCAACAAAUGGUGCUUCCUUCCCAAAUGGCGACAAGAGUUCUGUACCUUUUGAUAGCAGGUUCCAUGGGAGUUCGUCAGCUAAUAAUGGCGGUCCACCUGAAAAAGACACCUUCAACAAAAGUGGAGGAGAAGUGAUGGAUAUUGAUGAUGGUUUGGCUGAUGAUCAUAGUGGCACUAUGCCGAAAGAAGAAAUUGCAUCUGUUAGUAAUCAGUUAGAUGUUGAUGAAAAGCCUGGAAGUGAUGGGUCGAGAUGCAGAAAUAACUUUACGGCGGAUAACUUGGAUGAUGGGGGAAAAAUGGAUCAGGAAGUGCAGAAAGAAUCAAAAUCCCCAAGACACUUCCGCGCUGCUCUUAUUGAUUAUGUUAAAGAAUUACUGAAACCAAUAUGGCGUGAAGGCCAUCUAAGUAAGGAUGCACACAACACUAUAGUUAGAAAGUCAGUUGAGAAGGUUCUCAGUACCAUGCAAUCCCAUCAAAUGCCGACUACUUCGGAGUCAAUUAAACAUUAUCUUCAUUUUUCACGCACAAAGAUUGCAAAACUUGUGGAGGGAUAUUCUUCUAGGUAUGGAAAAUCUUGAGAUGAUGGUAGUCGGAGUGGGACUCUUCCGAAUGUACAGUUCCCAGAGAUCUAGUGUUGAAAUACAUUCCGUGACAAUGAAAUCUCAGUUUCCAGUUCUUGGGAAAGUGAAAAUUGAAAUUAACCGUGCUUUCAGUCCUAUUUAUUGCAGUGCACACUCAUGUUGAUACGAAUCUAGUGAAAUUUAAAAAUCCAGGUUUGCUCAAAAGUGUUGCUUCUGUAAACAAAUUAGUUUCUUCUUGAAAUCCAGCUGAAGAGUGUGUUUAUUGUUUGAGCAUCCAUCUUUGACCUCUACCCUUUUGCUUCUGCAUAACUAGAGCUCGACAGAGUUUACGAUUUACAAUUUUGUUUUUGGGAUGUACUGCAGAUCAUACAAAUUGUUCCAUUUUGUUCAAGGGAGGGAGUACUUUCAAUCCGGGGGUCUUUGUUUUGAACCAUUUUCAAAUGUUGUGCAGUAUCGCUUCUGGCUUUACCUAGGUUCAGAGGUCCAUCGAAGUCUCCUCGAAUCCUGUCUAUAACUUCGGUUUGUGAGAUGUUUCAUUGCAUUUCUGGUUUCGAACCUGUAAAGAUUGUCUGCCAUUAUGAAUCUGAAACUUAAAAGGAAUGCUAUGAACGGAGAAAGAAAGAUGGAGACCAAAUUUGUUUACAUAUUUAUGGAUUAACAUGGGCAUAUCCCGCUAUGUAAUGGAAUUGCAUAAAUUUGCUAGUAUUCAGUUUGCUGGGGAAUUUCAAAAGCUUCCUGAACAGUUUCGAACUCGCUUACUGGAAGUACAAGAUUGCAGGAAAACUGUGUCCUCAUCUUACUGCAACUUGGACGACGGAGUUCUGUGUGCGGCAAUCCUGGCACGGGGAGAGGAAGGACCGGAACACACUCCGGCCCGAUGACCUCUUCUUCUUGUUCUUCUCCCCCACUUUCCUUCCACUGGUAUUGCUCUUAUGAGCUGGCUGUUUCUUGUCGCUGCAAAUCAGAACAAUGUCGACGGCAGCAGGCUUCUGGGUCGCUGUCCCAGCUGAGAUGGGCACAGGCACGUUGCUCGGAUUACGGCCGCCACCAGCUGGCUCUCCCACGGUUGCUGGUCUUGAACCGACAGCAGGCCAGCAAAGGAUAGAGACUUCCUCGACUCCGAAUCCGCCGCAACAUCCAGAGCCACCUUGUUCCGCCUGAGUGGGGCCAUUGGGUUUUCCUGUCACAAGACUGCAUCUUCGAGCUUUUUCACGCACACAUAUAUAUAGGUGAAGACGGUGAAGCUUUCUGUUUCCGGGUGCGCGUGCUGUCUGUUGUUCUAUAGACUGGCCAGCAUUUCUUCCCGAAUUGUUUAAUGAAGAGCAAAACUCGGUCUUGUUGUCUGAUUAUGUGCAUGACCGUCCCUUGUUUCUCGAGGAAGAAGACAAGACGACAGGCGUGGUUGGGAUCAUCAGCAAUUCGAAGCUUUGGAGCAGAGCUUUUGCCUGCUGGUGGCUGUGACGAUACCAGGGGAUUACUCGUUCGUUCGGCGCAUUUUGCUGGGCGGAUUAUGCUGUCAAAGCUGCAGGUUCUGAAUGUUGGAAGCCAUGUGAUUCAAGAAGUGUGACAACAAUAAUCUUACGCUACGGCGUAACGUUAGUUCCGAUGAGGAGGGUCAGGUACCUAGUUACCGCUGCCUGCCGGCCAACGCUGUCAGGACAGCGGGCGGAACACGAGUGGAAACAUGAUGGACGUCUCGAGAGAGAUUCGAGAUAGUACGCGAGUUCAGAAUCAGGGAAUGCAGGAGGUGUUUUUGCGAAGCUAGACAGACAACGAAAUGUAUUGAUUUUGAUUUGGAAGUGUGUUUGGAUGAUGAAUUGGUUGUGGGCCGACUUUGGUGCUGUCUGCUAUUUAUGUUCCCUUUUAUGGGCUUUUCCAGCGAGGCCCAACUCCCCUAUAGCCGAUGAACCCAUCCAAAUAUGUCCACGGAAUCAGCCUUGAGUAUUCCAUCAAAUUUCAUUUUUUGCGAAA